AUGGCUCCCAACGCUAUCAUUGCGCCCUCCAUCCUAUCCGCAGACUUCGCACAGCUCGGGGCGGAUUGCGCGAGGACAAUCGAGCAGGGCGCAGAUUGGCUUCAUGUCGACAUCAUGGAUGGACACUUUGUCCCAAACAUCACCUUUGGCGCCCCUGUCGUCGCUAAGAUCCGCCCCCACGUCGACAAGCCCACCACUGCCCAUGGACGGGGCACCUUUGACUGUCACAUGAUGAUUGCAGAGCCAAAACGAUGGGUCAAUGAGUUCAAGAACGCCGGCUGUGAUUUGUACUGCUUCCACUACGAGGCUGCCUUUUCCACCGCCGCCGAGACCCCCUCGGCCGAGAGCGAGCUCAAGACAAACCCGAAGGAGCUGAUCCGCUACAUCCACGACUGCGGCCUGCUGGCCGGCAUUGCAAUCAAGCCAAAGACGGGUGUUGACGUCUUGUGGGACAUCCUGGAGAAUCCCAACGAGAAGGAGAGGCCAGACAUGGUGCUGAUCAUGACGGUCGAGCCUGGCUUUGGCGGGCAGAAGUUCAUGGCUAGUGAGCUGCCCAAAGUCCAGGAGCUGAGGAAGAAGUACCCUGACCUGAACAUCGAGGUGGACGGUGGACUGGGACCGGCCACCAUCGACCAGGCCGCGGAUGCCGGCGCAAACGUCAUCGUGGCAGGCAGCGCUGUCUUCGGAGCCAAAGACCCCUCCGAAGUCAUCUCGGUGCUGCGUAAAUCAGUCCAGUCUAAGACUGGGAAGCUUUGA